AGCUCUUUUUCUUCCCUCCAAUGGACCGGAUAAUGAUUGAAAAAUCAGAAACAAAGUAAACAGAGCGAAAUUCAAUAUCACGGAAUGCAUAUCAAACCCUAAUAUUCAUAUUUUGCUAAUGGAAAUCUGCAAUUGCUUCAUUUCUUUCAAACCAUCAUUAAAUUUCUUCCACUCGAGUCAAAUUACUCUCAGAAACUCAAUUUCAGCUUCAAAUGCUACCACAAAAAUUGGAGUCAAGAAGAUAUCAGAGGAUUUACAGAAAGAAUCAGAGAAAAUUCUAGGAUGGAUAUCUGUUUGUUCUCAAGUUUCUACUUUCACUUCAACAAGUAUGGGUAAAUCCGUUGCUCUUAAAGGAGAUAUUCGUUUUGGUAAAAGUUUAGAAGAGAGCCAAAAACUAUUGAAUCAAACAACAGCUGCAAUUCUUCUUCCUCAGCCAUUGGAUUUCUCUGGAAUUGAAGAUAUAACUGGAAUUGUGAAGUCUUCUGUUGAACGUGAACGGAGAACUAUCAGUGAACUUUGUUCCGUGAAACGAACUCUUCGUUCUGCCAGAGAGCUAUUGGGACAGUUGGAGAAUUCAUGCGAUGAGGAUUCUUCUAUUAGGUACUCUCCGCUUUUUAAUAUACUUGAGAACUGUAAUUUCCUGAAUGAAUUGGAGCAGAAAAUUGAAUACUGUAUAGAUUGUAAUCGGUCAGUGAUCCUUGAUCGAGCUAGUGAAGAUUUGGGAAACGUUAGGUCAGAAAGGAAGAGGAAUAUGGACAACCUGGAAUCUUUGUUGAAGGAUGUAUCAAAUAUGAUUUAUCGUGCUGGGGCUAUUGAUAGUCCCUUGGUUACUAAGAGAAGAUCAAGAAUGUGUGUUGGUAUUAGGGCAGCCUACAAGUUCAUGCUUCCAGAGGGGUUAGUUUUGAACACUAGUAGCACUGGAGCAACUUACUUUGUGGAACCCAGAGAUGCAGUGGAGUUAAACAACAUGGAAGUGCGUCUCUCAAAUUCCGAGAGAUACGAGGAGCUUGCCAUAUUGAGCUUUCUUACUUUAGAAAUAGCGGAAUCAGAAUCAGAUAUCAUGUAUUUAUUGGAUAGAGUUCUUGAAUUAGAUCUUGCUUCUGCUAGAGCAGCAUAUGCUCGAUGGAUAAAUGGGGUCUGCCCAAUAUUAGGCCAGACGAGAGAAUCGGAUAAAACAGGUGAUUCGUUUUCAGUAGAUAUCGAAGGUAUACAUCAUCCUGUGUUCCUCGAAUCUUCUCUUAGAGGUUCUUCUUCGGAAGCAUCUAAUUUCCCCGUGCCAAUAGACAUCAAGAUUGGGUGUACGAGGAAGGUGGUUGUGAUCUCAGGACCCAAUACUGGAGGUAAAACAGCUUCCAUGAAGACUCUGGGAUUAGCGUCUCUCAUGUCCAAGGCUGGAAUGUAUUUGCCAGCUAGGAACGAGCCGAAGCUUCCUUGGUUUGAUCUUGUUCUUGCAGAUAUCGGAGAUCAACAGUCAUUAGAACAAAGCCUCUCCACCUUCAGCGGACACAUUUCACGUAUCAGUAAUAUUUUGGAAGUGGCCUCAAAAGAAUCACUGGUUCUUAUUGAUGAAAUUGGUUGUGGCACUGAUCCUUCUGAAGGAGUUGCUCUUUCUGCUAGCAUCUUGAUGUAUAUCAAAGAUCGAGUGAAUCUGGCUGUAGUGACUACACAUUAUGCAGACUUAAGUAAUCUAAAAGAUAAGGAUGCUCGGUUUGAGAAUGCUGCAAUGGAAUUUUGUUUGGAGACUUUAAAACCAACUUAUCGUGUACUUUGGGGAAGCAUUGGAAAUUCCAAUGCCUUGAGUAUUGCUAAAUCUAUUGGUUUUGACCGGAAAGUGCUUGAACGUGCAAAUAUAUGGGUUGAUAAAUUAAUGCCGGACAAGCAGAAGAAAAGGAAAGGUUUGUUAUACCAGUCAUUGGCGGAAGAGAGAAAUAUAUUGGAAGCCGAGGCCACAAAAGCUGCAUCUCUUCAUUCAGAAGUAAUGAAAAUUUAUCACGAGAUCCAAGAAGAAGCACGAGAUCUUGUUAGGCGUGAGGCAACUCUAAAAGCAAACGAAAUAAAAAAAGCGCAGCACGAGCUAAAAGCAGCUAUGUCUCAGAUAGAAGCUGUUGUUAGGGACUUCGACAACCAACUAAGUGCUGGCGAACCUGAUGAGUUUAACUUAAUGAUCCGCAAAUCAGAAGCUGCAAUUGCAUCAAUUGCUGAAGCUCACCGUCCCACUGGGGAUUACUCAAUCACUGAAAUUGAGGAUACUUCUUAUGUACCUCAAGUUGGAGAGCAAGUCCAUGUAAAGGGACUAGGAAAUAAGUUGGCUACUAUAGUUGAGGCACCCGGACAUGAUGGGAUGGCUUUAGUGCAGUAUGGGAAAAUUAGAGUUCGUGUGAAAAAAAGCAAUAUAAGAGCUCUUCCAUCUGAUAAGAGUGAAACGGCAACUGUUGCACUUCCGAAAAGACUAGGACAGUUGCAUAGAAAAUCUGCUCCAAUCAAAAUCAACCAAAAUGGGGAGGUACCUUAUGGACCGGCAAUACAGACGUCGAAGAACACUGUGGACCUACGUGGUAUGACAGUUGAGGAAGCUUUGAGAGAACUCAGCAUGGCAUUAUCAGCAACUAGGUCAAAGGAGGUACUCUUUGUUAUUCAUGGGAUGGGGACUGGGGUCGUUAAGGAACGGGCGCUCGAGUUGAUGAGUAAACAUCCUCGUGUAGCUAAAUUUGAACAGGAAAAUCCUAUGAAUUAUGGCUGUACAGUUGCUUAUAUAAAAUGAAAAAUAAAAUAAAAUAUUGUUUCUUUAUGCUUACGAA